AUGCCCACAAUUGUUUGUAGGACUGGUAAUGCAGGCAAUAAAAGUAAACCAACUCUUCAACAUACUGGACCAGUUAUAUGUGCUAAUUAUCUGUAUGUGACAAAGAAUUUACAACUUUGUAUAACUGGUUCAGUGGAUGGUGAUUGUAUUAUUUGGGCUGCUCGUGGUUCAUCAACUUCUCAAUCAAUCAAACCUAUAACUACUGCUACCACUACAUAUCAACCAUUGAUACGUUUAACUAAUUCAGAUAUGAAACCAAGAUACAGUAUAAACAGUAUUGUUACACAAUCAUGGAUAAUGAAUAAUGAAGAAAAUAAAAUAGAUUAUUUCAUUUUUAUUGCUUUCGGUUAUGAGAUUUUAAUGUUGCACAUACACCUUAAUCGUGAUAUUUUAAUUAAUAAAACUGGUUUGGAAAAUAGUUUAUUAGAGCUAUUUUCAAAUGGAAAACAAUUGGAUAUAAAUAUUGUUGAAUUAAAUGCAUUAUGGUCAAUUAAAACAAUUGAUGGUUAUGCUGAAAUACAAAGAUUUAAAACAGACCAUAUCGUUGUCGAAAUGUCUGCUUUACAUCAUGAACCAGUUAAUAUGAAUCAGUGUGGUGUUGUAGCACUUUUGUCCAAUGGUGAAAUUGUCAUUAUUCCAUUUAAACGUACAGACGAUGAACUCAUUCACCUUCGUGUUGGAGAUAACUGUAAUCUUUCAAGUCAUUGGUGCAGUUCAUUAUGUACAUAUCAGGAUGGUAUACUUGUAGCACAUAAUGGAUCAGCUUUAUUUCAUUCAUUUGAUGGUCAUAGUGCAAAUGUGUUCACACCACUUCGUGGAUCUAUCAAUAAUUUGGAAAAUAUCUAUAUUGACAGAAUUGAACCACUUUGUUUACCUAACGGAAAUAGUUUCAAGUUAUUUUAUAUUGUAACAAGCAAAUUACAAUCUGAACCACGGAUUAUCUUCUUUAAUAGUGAUGAACAUAUGCUAUUGAAUAUUUCGCUGGAAGGAAUGGAUCUACAAGUCACUGCUUAUUGUAUCACUUCAACUCAUCUUGAUAGUGAAAAUUUAAUAGUGUAUUUAUUGUUGGCAACGUCGGAUAGCUUUCUACGUUUGUUGAAAUGUUCUAUCAAUGUUUGUAAUAAAUCGAAACUAAGCAAAUGGGAACAGAUCAAAAUUUAUCCAACUGGCGAGCAUAUUACGAAAUUGGUCACUUUCAAUAAAGAUCCUGUGAGGAUUAUGUGCUGCCUUCAGAAUGGUCAGAUUGAUCUUUACACAAUAGAACAGUAG